UUACUGUCAGGGACUUGCAUCCAAAAGAGAGAAGGAGCAAGAAGAUGCCUUCCAUUAAGACACUUUGUUGUCUCCUGGUUCUUGGAUCGCUGCAGAUCGUUACACCUUCUUUUUAUGAUGGAGUGGAGGAGCUGGAUAAUAAUCUUAUUCUCAGCUCAGUCCAGAAGGCAAAGAAGCUGGUAGACACUGCAUACAAGCGCACCCGUGAUAUCCUUAAAGAGCGUCUUAAGAAAGGAACUUUGACUCCGUCUGAUGUCAUGUCAUACUUCAAGCAGCCUGUGGCAACAAGCCGCAAUCACAUCCGUGCCGCUGAUUACAUAGAGGCCACCUUUGAACUUCUGAAUGAGAAAGUUAAAAGCAUCUACAGUCGACCCUUCAACAUCUCAGACCUGCUGACAGCCAACCAGAUAGACAUGUUGCAUAAGGUUUCUGGAUAUUCUUUCCUACAUCUUCCAAAAGAUUGUCCAGAAAGCCGUUACCGUACCUUCACAGGGGAGUGCAACAACAGGAGAUUCCCAGACUUUGGAGUUUCCAAUCGUCCUUACACACGCUUGCUGCCAGCUCAGUAUGAAGAUGGGAGAGGGCUCCCGAAAGGCUGGACAGAAAAUCAAAGGAUCAAUGGCUUUCCUUUACCUCUGGCCAGGGCUGUGUCAAAUCAGAUUAUCCGGUUCCCAGAGAGAGAACAGACCCUGGACAAUCAACGGUCUCUUAUGUUCAUGCAGUGGGGACAGUGGAUUGAUCAUGACCUUGACCUGGCACCAGAAACACCAUCAAGAUCAACCUUUUUAAGAGGCAUUGACUGUGAUCACAGCUGUGCCCGGGAGCUACCAUGCUUCCCCUUGCGGAUUCCCCCAAAUGACCCUCGUAUAGCUAACCGCAGUGACUGCAUCCCACUUUUCCGCUCAAGUCCCGCUUUUCGGCGAUCUUCUCCAAUACGUGAACAGAUGAAUAUCCUCACAUCAUACGUUGAUGGCAGUCAAGUAUAUGGCAGCACAAAUGAGUUGGCCAACAGACUACGUGACAGAACCAAUCAACUGGGCCUCAUGGCUAUUAAUAAUAGGUUUAAUGAUAAUGGUCGUGCCUACCUACCUUUUAGUACAAAUGGAAUUGAAGAAGAUUUCUGUCUGCAGACUAACAGGACAUCUGGUCUCCCAUGCUUCUUAGCUGGUGAUGGUCGUGUCAGUGAGCAGCCUGGUUUAACUGCCUUUCACACACUCUUUGUGCGAGAACACAACCGUAUAGCUACAGUGUUACGUAGGCUGAAUCCUACCUGGAACGGAGAAAGACUUUUCCAAGAGAGCAGGAAAAUAAUUGGCGCCAUUACACAGAAAAUAAACUACAAGGAUUGGCUUCCCCUGCUGUUGGGUUCAUCAAUGUCUCGGAUGGUUCCUCCAUACUGUGGUUACAUCGAAACAGUGGACCCAGGGGCAUCUAAUGUGUUCAGCUUGGUCUUCCGAAUGGGUCACACAAUGAUCCAGCCAUUUAUUUAUCGAUUGGUGGAUAAAUACCAGACCUCACGAAACUUGCCUCCAAUCCCUUUGCACCUUACCUUCUUCAACACAUGGAGAGUUGUAAGAGAAGGAGGUAUUGAUCCUCUUUUUCGAGGCCUCAUGGCAAAUCGGGCAAAACUGAACAGGCAGAACCAGAUUUUGGUUGAUGAACUCAGAGAACAUCUGUUCGAGCUGUUCAAACGUAUUGGCCUUGACUUGGGAGCUCUCAACAUGCAGCGUGGCCGGGACCAUGGAUUACCAGGGUACAAUGCAUGGAGAAGAUUUUGUGGACUUUCUCAGCCCAGGAAUGUGACUGAACUAGCACAGGUGUUGAGAAACAAGCAACUGGCUGAAAAAUUCAUUUCUCUUUAUGGUACCCCGCAAAAUAUUGACAUCUGGGUGGGAGCUGUUGCCGAACCUCUGCUACCAAAUGCGAGAGUUGGUGAACUGCUAGCUUGUUUAAUCGGGAACCAGUUCCGCAGAACCCGUGAUGGAGACAGAUUUUACUAUGAGAGACAUACCGAGUUUACAGCAGCUCAAAGGGCAGCUAUAGAAAAAGUGAAAAUGUCUCGAAUCAUCUGCGACAACACAGCAAUCACCGAAGUUCCUCAAAAUGUGUUUGUAGCAAACUCCUACCCAAGAGAUUUUGUAAAUUGCUCCAAGAUUAGCGCUUUUGAUUUGAGCCCUUGGAGGAGAAGGACGAGCGGAUCAGAAGUUGAAGAUCCUGAAGAAUAAAGGAGUCACAGAUGUAAUAUGAUGGCCUGUCAUGUUCCUCCAAGCUAUGCCAUGCCUUAUAUACAACUGAAUGUCUUCCUGACAUAGGCUAAGUGCUAAAAUGAAUCGCCAAGACGCUUUAAGAACGGAAGAGUGUACUUUGCUGUGCGUGUAAAGUGGGAGAUGUUACAGAGUCUGGAAUCAGGACUGGUUGUAACUUCCUAAUAUCCUGUGCCACAUUUGUCUGGGGGCAGAGACUUGUUAUGACUGAGAAUUUACAGUGCUUUUAAUUACAGUUCAUUCAUAUUACUAUUAAUCCAGGCAUAUUGACACUUGUAUUAUAAAAUUUUAAUAAAUUAAAUUUCAAUUCAUAAAA